GUGAGUGAGUAUUCUCCGUAAUCUCCACCUCAUCCCUCCAUCAUCAGCCGCGCGCUGACCUCUGACAGCAAACGCGGAAGCAGCAUGGCGUCAAACAGCAGCAACGCACAGCAGAGACUCAGAAUCAUCGCGGGACAUCUGCAGAAACACACGACAGAUGAUGGAAACGCGAGCGUCGCGGCGCAGGAGUGCAAAGGCGAGGCGUCGCGGUCCGAGCCGAGCAGCCUGACACCGGUGCCGAAGAGGAGGCAGGAGAUCAUGAAGUGGAAUGGCUGGGGUUACAGUGACUCCAGGUUCCUGUUUAAUAAAAAGGGCCAAGCUGAGUUCACAGGCAAACGGUACCGGUUGAGUGGGCUGAUCUUGCCGAGUCUGAAGGACUGGUUCGAGGGCACGUUUGGAGCCAAUUUACAGCAUAAAUCUCCUGCCACACCCACUCUGAAUUUAAGCGCAGUCGCUCCUCCUAAGCUGAGCGAGCCCUUCGUGGAGGAUCUGAAAGCGGCGGGUGUGUCCGCGUCACAUGACCCGGAGGACCGGGUUUUCCGAGCGCAUGGUCACUGCCUGCAUGAGAUCUUCGCCCUGCGCGAGGGGAGGAUCGGACGCGUGCCCGACAUGGUGGUUUGGCCCAGCUGUCACAGUGAUGUGGAGAAGAUCGUGGAUCUGGCCUGUAAACACAACGUCUGCUUGAUCCCCUACGGAGGUGGCACGAGUGUGUCCAGUGCUCUUGAGUGCCCUCAGGAGGAGACUCGCUCCAUUGUUUCUCUGGACACAUCUCAGAUGAACCGAAUCUUGUGGAUUGAUGAGAAGAAUCUGACGGCUCAUGUGGAGGCUGGGAUCAUCGGACAGGAUCUGGAGAGACAGUUGAACGAGCAUGGCUACUGUACGGGCCACGAGCCGGACUCCAUGGAGUUCAGUUCCCUGGGCGGAUGGGUGGCGACCCGCGCCUCGGGCAUGAAGAAGAACAUCUACGGCAACAUUGAGGACCUGGUGGUGCAUAUAAAGAUGGUGACCCCUAGAGGAGUGAUUGAGAAGAGCUGUCUGGGGCCCCGCAUGUCCACGGGCCCCGACAUACAUCACUUCAUCAUGGGCUCAGAAGGAACUCUGGGAGUGGUGACUGAAGUUACAAUGAAGAUCCGACCCAUUCCUGAGUACCAGAAGUAUGGCUCUGUGGUAUUCCCAAACUUCCAGCAGGGCGUGGCGUGCCUGAGAGAGGUGGCCAGACAGAGAUGUGCUCCAGCAUCCAUUCGGCUAAUGGACAACGAGCAGUUUCAGUUCGGUCAUGCACUCAAGCCGCAGGUGUCCUCCAUGUUCACGUCAUUCGUGGACGGCUUGAAAAAAUUCUACAUAACAAAGUUUAAAGGGUUCGACCCGCACCACCUGUGUGUCGCCACGCUGUUAUUCGAGGGGGAUCGUGGGAAGGUUUUGCAGCACGAGAAACAGGUUUACGACAUCGCAGCCAAAUUCGGGGGACUGGCAGCAGGAGAGGACAACGGUCAGAGGGGUUACAUGCUGACGUUUGUGAUCGCGUAUCUCCGGGAUUUGGGAAUGGACUACUACGUGAUGGGCGAGUCGUUUGAGACGUCUGUGCCCUGGGACAGGAUUUUGGACUUGUGCAGGAAUGUGAAGGAGAGGAUUGUAAGAGAGUGUAAGGAGAGAGGAGUUCAGUUCCAUCCGCUGUCCACAUGCAGAGUUACACAGACGUAUGAUGCAGGUGCUUGUGUGUAUUUCUAUUUUGCGUUUAAUUACCGGGGUCUGAGUGAUCCAGUUCAUGUCUACGAACAAGUGGAGCAUGCGGCCCGAGAGGAGAUUCUUGCCAAUGGAGGAAGUCUGUCUCACCAUCAUGGAGUGGGAAAGCUCCGGAAGGAAUGGAUGAAAGAGAGCGUGUCCGGCGUGGGGCUCGGCGUGCUCAAGUCGGUGAAGGAGUUUGUGGAUCCUCAGAACAUUUUCGGCAGCAGAAACCUGUUGUAAUUCAUGUAACACUCUCAUGCGUUUUCCAUUAUCUUCUAAUCAGAUUUGAUUUAAACCUCAUAUUCCCGUCUUUCUCGCACAGUAACCCGAUAAACCAAUCCUCUGUUUCUCAUUAACCCCAUCGCCUUUGACCUUUGACCUCCUCUUCAGUGAGGUGCAUGGCUCCUCCUGAUCACGUGACUUGAUUUCUCGCCGGUCUUCCCGUGACUGAACAGGGUUUUGAUACUGUGAGGUCCGUGUCUGGCACUAUUGUUGUGUUUCGUACAUUAGCAGACUCAAUUAUGCUUUUUAAAGCAGCGUGCCUUCUGUCUGUCUGUCUUACACUCCUCGUUCUGAGUGACUCAGUGUUUUAUUAUCCUCUAUCCUUACUGUACUUUUGCCUUUUCUAUCCGUCAGCUCAAACUGACUGUAUCGUUUUUUUGGGGAGGGGGGUGAAUCUCAUGACAAAUGUCCCAGUUGAACUAAAAUCAAAAGAAUAUAAUGCAUAAUAAGGCAAUUUUUUUUCAACCGUUAUGAAUUUGCGAACUUAAAAAAUAGGCACCAAAUCUCGUUAAGCAAAUAUGAAUAAAAAAAAAAAAGAUUAUUCGUGGAAUGAGGGAAUAUUAUGGAAGCUUGUUUCCACCACAGAGUAAAACAUUUUAAAAGAUCAAGACUUUUUAUCUCACAACUGCGAGUUUACAUCUUUAUAACUCAUAAUUGCGAUGAAAUGAUAAAAUGUCAGAAUUGCGAGAUAAGUUUCAAUUACCCUAAUAUUGCUUUAAGUACACUUUAUAAUAAGGUUUUAUUGACCAACAUUAGUUAAUGCAUUACUUGACAUUAAUAAAGAACAAUACAGAAUGUAUGAAAUAUUUUUAAGUCAUUCUAACAUGAGUAAAUGCUUUAUGAGUGAAAGUGAGGUAACAAGAUCAAUGUGUAUAUAUAGUUUUUGUGGUUCAUGAUACCAGCCAUAACUAAUCUAACCUUAUUAUAAAGUGUUGUUUUGUCUUUUGAUUCUGGAUGGAGGGAAUAUGAUGUUUUCGUGAGAUUGACUCUCUGACGAGGUGCAGUGUGUGUGAGUUGAGCCUGUAAACGUGUGUGUUGUGCUCCAUCAUCUGCAUCAAAUCUCUCCUUGUGUUUCUGCCAAAGACUGUCAGCAUCUCUUCUACUGCAGACUUGCUUCAGCCACACACACACACACACAUCUGUGUGUCCUGUAUAUAAACAUGAGCACACAGUUUAGAGAGGAUGUUCACCGAAGAUCCACCACGAUAAAUUGUAUUUUUUUAACACAACAUAUGCAAAAAAGCCAGAGAUGAUCUGAACUGGGAUCUAAAACGUUGUAUGUGACUGUUACGUGCUUUGAUUUGUAUCAACUUUGAGGGAAAAAAAUAAGCCUCCGUUCAUCUGUU